CUAAUAUGCUAGUUUUCGGUUAGCUUAGCCUUCUUGCAUUGUUUAACUUUAAAUAAACCUGUGCUAAAAUAAAAAUAUUGGCAAAGGGCAAUGCAGUCACUUUGUGGUAUUACUCCUCGGUCAUUAACAGCAUUACGUAAAGUGUUUGCUAAACGCUUGAUUCAGACGAGCAGCAUUUUAAACAUGCCAAUUAAGGCCGGGGACAAGCUGCCACAAGUGGACUUGUAUGAGGGAGCGCCUGAUAAAAAAGUCAACACCAAGGAGUUCAGUAACGGCAAAUACGUCAUCUUUGGUGUUCCCGGUGCCUUCACACCAACCUGCCAUAAUGAUCAUGUGCCAGGCUUCCUCAAGUCAGUCAGUGCCCUCCAAGACAAAGGUGUCAAGAAGGUGAUUUGUGUGGCCGUCAAUGAUCCAUUUGUCACAGCAGCUUGGGGCAAGUCUUUAGAUGCUUCAGGGAAGAUUCAAUUUUUAGCUGACACAUGUGGUGCCUUUACUAAGGCUAUUGACUUAUCCCUGGACCUGACUGCAGUUUUAGGGAGUGUGCGCAGCAAAAGGUAUGCCAUGGUGGUGGAGAACGGUGUGGUCAAAGCUAUCAGUGUGGAGCCAGAUGGAACUGGCCACACCUGCAGCAAGGGAGACGACAUCCUCAAGUUGGUCUGAUGGGGCAGGGGGAGUAACCCCUGGUCUAGCAGGAGUAAUCUCAAUCUUUCUAAUACUCAUUUCAUAUCUAUUGACUAUGUGAGAAAUAAAACAAACUGAUGAAUAUUUUCA